AGCCCAGGAUAGGAGUACCCAGAAAUGUAGUGCAUCUAUUUUCACCAGUAGAUGGGAGGAGAAGAUACCGGUCAGUGAUCAUAUCUCCAAAACAAGCUUGGUAUAUUACCGUUUGAGCCUGAGGAGGAUUUCCUGCAUGCUCUCCGUCUCUGUCUCAGCUUUGGAGACAACACACUGUGACUUCCCAUCAUCAUCUAGAUACAACAUGUUCAAGAUUUCAAGACUUCAUUAAUCAAAAUAUCUCAGGGUUGGGAGCCAUGGAGACGAAUGGGUCAGUGAAGGAUGAAGAGAAGACUCGUCUGAGUUCAGUUUCCAAUGAAACUUCCACACGCUACGGUUCCAUAGCUGACAGCCUUCCUACUGAUGAACCAUCCACAGCGGAGACAACAGUCCUCUCUCCACGACGCUCCUAUAUAACCGUAGCUGUGCUCUGUUAUGUCAACUUAAUCAAUUACAUGGACCGAUACACAAUCGCAGGGGUCCUUCUCAGUAUCCAGAAGUUCUUUGAUAUAACUGACAGCACGUCUGGACUACUACAGACAGUUUUCAUCUGCAGUUUCAUUAUUUUGGCUCCAAUCUUUGGGUACCUUGGCGACCGCUACAACAGGAAGUUCAUCAUGAUUGGCGGGCUGAGUGUGUGGGUGGUGAUGACCCUGAGCAGCUCUUUUGUCACAGAAUCGUAUUUCUGGCUGCUGGUGCUGUUGAGAGCCCUGGUGGGGACAGGAGAGGCCAGCUACUCCACCAUCGCCCCUACCAUCAUAGGAGACCUGUUCUCUGGAGCCAAGAGGACCGUCAUGAUCUCUGCCUUCUACAUCUUCAUCCCUGUUGGAAGUGGUCUGGGAUACAUAAUAGGAUCCUCUGUUGCCAAUGCCACUGGAGACUGGCGUUGGGCCUUACGGCUCAAUCCCAUCCUGGGUUCCCUGGGUCUGUUCCUGCUGGCUGUGUUUUGCCCCAACCCCCCACGAGGGGCCUCUGACGGCCAUGGAGGAAGUACCAUAGAGCACACCUCUUACCUGGAGGACGUCAAGUAUCUUCUGAAGAAUAAGAGUUUUGUGUGGUCAUCACUGGGAGUUACUGCCAUGGCUUUUCUGACUGGAGCUCUGGCCUUCUGGACACCCAUCUUCCUGAGCCGAGCUCAGGUCGCUCAGGGCAUCCAGCCACCCUGCAACACUGAACCCUGCGACACCUCCGACAGUUACAUCUUUGGGGUCGUGACGGUGGUGACGGGUAUUUUGGGUGUUUCGUUGGGCAGCACCAUCUCCAGGAAACUGAGGGACAGGGUGCCCAACGCAGACCCCCUCAUCUGUGCUGUGGGCAUGCUCAGCUCCGCCCCCUGCUUCUUUGCCGCUAUCGUACUGGCGUCUACAAGCAUCCCUGCCACUUAUGUGUUCAUCGGCAUUGGGGAGACUCUAUUGUCACUGAACUGGGCCGUUCUAGCUGAUAUCCUACUGUAUGUGGUGGUGCCAACCAGGAGAGCUACAGCUGAAGCUCUGCAAAUCAUGGUCUGUCAUCUCCUAGGAGAUGCCGGAAGCCCUUACCUGCUAGGAUCUAUCUCAGACGCUCUGCGUACAUACCAGCCUGACUCUCAUACGUGGAGUUUCCGUAGUCUGGAGUACAGUUUCCUGCUGUGCCCUUUCGUAGGGGUCCUGGGUGGGCUCUUCUUCCUCAUGACAGCCCUCUACAUCACAAAGGACAGGAAGAACGCAGAGCUACUCACUGCAGGGGUGUGUGAUCCAGUAGAUCCUCCUACUCGGUUUAGUGCCAUGGCAGGCUCCACAGAUUGCUGAGGUGAAACUGGGAUCCUUGGAGGACACUCGGGCUAGAGGAAGAUAUGUUAGGUUAGAUGUUGUUUGGUAUGUGACCAAACUGAGAGUUGGGGUGAUUGUCUGUAGUACCCCAGACCACUCUAUAUGAGAAAAUAAUGCAACUGGUAAAACGGAUUCCAAAGCUGCACACUGAUCCAAAGAAAAUGAGUUGUGGUCCAUCGUACACAGAACUGUUGUUAAAUUAUGUGCCUUUUAUUGCAAAAAAUGUACACCUAUUUUAUAAUUAAGGUCUUUUUGUCUGACCACAUCAAUGUUUUUAUCUCACACAACCUUAAUUGGGGUGGCAGGUAGCCUAGUGCUUAGAGCGUUGGGACAGUAAUUGAAAUGUUGCUAGAUCGAAUCCCCGAGCUGACAAGGUAAAAAUUGGUUGUUCUGCCACAUGAACAAGGCAGUUAACUCACUGUUCACCGGUAGAUCGUCAUUUUAAGUAAAAAUUUGUUCUUAACGGACUUGCCUAGCUAAAUAAAGGUUACUUUUUUUUAUAUAUAAAAAAUAGUCCUUGUAGUGUCCUAAACCAUACCUGACCCUGAACAACUGAAUUUUCUGGGGAACAAACCAGCAACAAUUGAAAAAAAAUGAAUCUGUCAACCCAUCCAUUUUGUUAGGACGUUCCAGAUUGACCUCUCCCUCCCCAGGCCCAAGCGUCCCUCUUCCGCCCAGCAGCCAGCUGCUUCUUGCUAAUGAGGACGGUAGGGGCUGUAGCAGGAGGUCCUGGGUUUAAGAUGGAGGCUUCUCCACUCCACCUCACAGUGUGCAAGGGAAUCCCCUGCCAAUUCUCACUUUUUUUCUAGCUUGGUCAAUCCACCUAUUAAAAUAACUGCAAAAUGAUUAGAAUAAUGACCAUGUGGCAAGAAAUGUGGAGUUUAGUUGCUGUUGAGUAUAUGUACAUUGAACUAAAAUAUAAAAGCAACAUGCAAAGAUUGAAAAGAUUUUACUAAGUUACUUAUAAGGAAGUCGGUAAAUUGAAAUAAAUUAAUUAGGCAGUAAUC